UAAUCUCACCUCUCGCAAAUCCAUCUCCCCUCUCUAAACCCUAAUCUCCAUUCUCAUCGCCUUCAGUUUACGUCAAAUACUCUGAGCAAGCGCAGAUCCCCUUCGCGCCUUCAAGGAGGGGGAAGGAAGUGGAGGCGUAGGAGGAAGAAGGUGGAAUGGCGAAGGACGAGGAGGAGUUUCGGGGUGAACUGGAGGAGCGUUUGAUCAACGAGGAGUACAAGAUAUGGAAGAAGAACACGCCCUUCCUGUACGACCUAGUGAUCACUCACGCCCUCGAGUGGCCCUCCCUCACAGUGCAGUGGUUCCCCGACCGCGACGAGCCCGCCGGGAAGGACUACUCCGUGCAGAAGAUGAUCCUCGGCACUCACACCUCCGACAACGAGCCCAACUACCUCAUGCUUGCGCAGGUCCAGCUCCCGCUCGAGGACGCCGAGUACGAUGCACGCCAGUACGAUGACGAGCACGGCGAGAUUGGAGGCUUUGGCAGCGCCGGAGGAAAGGUGCAAAUUGUUCAGCAAAUAAAUCAUGAUGGCGAGGUUAAUCGAGCUCGCUAUAUGCCUCAGAAUACCUUCAUAAUCGCAACGAAGACUGUUAGUGCUGAAGUUUAUGUUUUUGACUACAGCAAACAUCCAUCGAAGCCUCCACUUGACGGUACAUGCAAUCCUGAUUUGAGGUUGAGGGGUCACAAUUCUGAAGGAUAUGGUUUAUCCUGGAGCCAGUUUAAGCAAGGGCACCUAUUGAGUGGUUCUGAUGAUGCUCAAAUUUGUCUGUGGGACAUUAAUGCUGCUCCUAAAAAUAAAACACUUGAUGCUCUUCAGAUUUUUAAGGUGCACGAUGGUGUCGUUGAGGAUGUUGCAUGGCAUUUAAGGCACGAGUAUUAUUUUGGUUCUGUUGGGGAUGAUCAUUAUCUUCUACUUUGGGAUCUUCGAACAACAAAUAAUAAGCCAGUCAAAUCUGUUGUUGCUCAUCAAGGUGAGGUAAACUGCUUAGCAUUCAAUCCUUUCAAUGAGUGGAUUGUCGCAACUGGAUCUACUGAUAAAACUGUCAAGUUAUUUGAUCUUCGUAAGCUUGAAACUGCUCUGCACACACUAGACUGCCACAAAGAGGAGGUUUUCCAAGUUGGCUGGAGCCCAAAGAAUGAGACUAUUCUAGCAUCUUGCUGUCUUGGUAGGCGGCUCAUGGUGUGGGAUCUAAGCAGGAUUGACGAGGAACAGACGCCAGAGGAUGCUGCCGAUGGCCCCCCAGAGUUGCUGUUCAUUCAUGGUGGCCACACAAGCAAGAUCUCUGAUUUCUCAUGGAACUCCUGCGAAGAUUGGAUCGUUGCCAGCGUUGCAGAAGAUAACAUCCUCCAAAUAUGGCAGAUGGCAGAGAACAUUUACCACGACGAAGAUUUGCUAGGGGAAGAGACUCCAAAAUCUUCUUAACUACAUAAACACCAAUUAUGUCCAUAAGUUAAAAAAGAAGGAAAAAAAAAAGAUUGGAGAAGCAAAUCUAUCUCAUCUAAUAUCCUCCAAAUGUGCUUGUAUUGUUGGGUCUUUGUUGGUAAGCAGAUAUUUUUUUUGCUUUGGACAAUCAAUUCGAUUUAAGUUGGUGUUACUUCAUCUA